AUGGCCACUGAUAGCCCAAGUUUCCUCCGCCUCUGGCGGGACGAAGCGCUGCGCUCAAGUCUUCUCUCGUAUAUGGACACAGCCACUAUAUCUUCCCUGCGGCUCACGGCAUCUGAAUACUGUGAGCUCACGACUCCAGCUCUUUUCAUCCGAACCCGCUUGACCUUCACUCCAAGUGCUCUCACUCGACAUUCUCGCCUCGAGGCGUUGCGCCGAAUAGGACAUCACAUCCAACACCUAACCUUCUCCAUGCCACAUACGGACGCAACCUUCCUUCCACCUCUCUUGAAUCCAGUGACCGGACGAGAGAUCACCUUCUUAUAUACGCCUCAAACCUCUGCGGCGUCAGUCAUCCAGCGUCGGAAAUACGGAUCGCCAGAAUUGGGUGAAAUCUUGACCCAGCAGUACCCUCCCAUCUUCCAUGCCGCUACCAAUGUGCCCGCGUUCAUCAACGCAAUGUCACAUAUGCCAAAUCUUAGACAUCUUACGAUAUCAUGUCCUGAUCAAGACCCAGCCCAAAGAUAUCGUCGAGAUGCCGUCGACUAUGCCCUCAUAAGUCUGCGCAUAGCGAUUGAACGAUCGCCUCUUCCUUGCCUCGAGAAACUCUCACUUAGCCACAUCCAUCCAUCCGGGCUUCAUUAUCUGCGCUAUAGGUCUGGCUUUGGUUGCACACCAUCGGCAGGACGUCGGUGGAAACAGAUUAAAAAGCUCAGCAUAACAAUGGACUCUUGGGAUUUCCUUGGCGAAAGACCUGGACUCGACCACCUCAAGAUUCUAGAUGAUUAUAUCCGAUCUUUCUCACCCAACCUCGAGAAGGUCAGCUUUGGAUGGAACGGAAGAAAAGGCCCUUGUCCAUUCACGCUCUUCACAGACCCCCUGUUCGCGCCCCCGAAGACGACGGCAAAAUUAUUCGCUGAAGUGACGUCGCCAAUGUCGCCGUUGCCCGCUGCACCUCCUCGUACAGCAAUGAGUUUCCCAAAAUUACGCUACAUGCAAGUUCGCAAUGCCACGAUGGCAGCGGGACAGGUCGCUGAUUUCAUCCUUGAGCAUCGCCAUACAGUCCGCGAGUUUGACUUCGAGAACAUCUUCUUGAUUAAGGGCGGCACUUGGGAAGAGGCCUUGGCACCCCUAUCGCAGAUCAGUGGAAACGAUGAGUGGCUAUCACAGCAGAGCGGUUCCGAUGCUGAUAGCAGUUCAACCCUGGGAAGCUUGCAUAGCCAGGAGAAUUCUGAUCAAUCGAAUAAUCUAGAAGAGGUUAUUGAUACCACUGCUGGUGUACGUCUUGAUGUACCCGCUGAACUGGCGAGAACAUCGGUUCAUAUGACCAAGCUCAAGAAAGAGAGGGUGCAUCGCCGCCGGCGUAGGCGUAAGCAUAAAGAAAAAGCUGUGAAACUAGAGAUAUCCAGUCCAAUACUUAGACCUGAUCCGGCGGUAGACUACUUGCAGCCUACAAUCUUCCAUUCGAAUGUGCAAGGCGUUCAACGCAAUGCAGAACAGGAAGCAGCUCAACAGGAGCUCGCUGAUGACCCUGAUAAGCGGGUAUCGGCAUUGAAGAAAGCAAGGGAGGCUGUCUUAAAGCAACUGGGGAAGGAAUUUUCUAAGAACAAUGAGAGGAAAGCUUAUGCAACGGACUUCAUCAAGAACACCUGUUCAGGGAGAUGGAAAUCCAAGGGGUUCAUCGGACACGAAAGUAAUACAGCCUUGGUGCCGUUGAUGUUUAGUCGGUAUUAG